GCGGUUGCACAGGUGCCCAGAAACGGUUUCGGCACGCCAUUGUGGAAAAUAGUUACUUUCACAUUACUGACUCUCCUCACUGUGAGCUUGUUUCCUUAGUUGAGUUAUCCCGAGUGACAUAACUAAAGAAGAAACUACUCCACAAUGGCUACGGACUCUUGGGCACAGGCGGUGGACGAGCAAGAAGCCGCGGCGGACUCGAUCGGUGGCCUCACAUUAAAAGAGAAACCAGAGGCAAAUGGCACGGCAGCAAUAGCAACAGACUCCAGCAGUGCAGCUGCAAAGUCGGAAGUGCAGGCAGAAAAGAAGCCUGCAGAAAAGAAGCCUGCAGAUGAAGACGACAAAGAUGACAAGGCGGCGCAGUCUUUAUUGAACAAGUUAAUUAGAAGUAAUCUUGUCAGUAACACAAAUCAAGUGGAAGUUCUUCAGAAAGAUCCCAACUCUCCGCUCUACUCUGUCAAGUCUUUUGAGGAGUUGCGACUCAAACCACAGCUGCUUAACGGUGUGUACGGCAUGGGUUUCAACCGGCCAUCCAAAAUCCAGGAGACGGCCUUACCGAUGAUGCUGGCCGAACCUCCACAGAAUCUGAUUGCCCAGUCACAGUCGGGAACAGGGAAAACAGCUGCUUUUGUCCUGGCCAUGCUCAGUCAUGUAGAACCCAACAACAAAUAUCCCCAGUGCCUGUGUGUGUCACCUACCUAUGAACUGGCACUUCAGACUGGCCAGGUAAUCGAGCAGAUGGGAAAACAAUAUGAGGAGGUCAAACUCGUCUACGCCAUCAGAGGAAACAAAUUGCCACGGGGCACAAAGCUACAUGAACAGAUCGUCAUUGGCACGCCUGGUACCAUGCUGGACUGGUGCAGUAAAUUCAAGUUCAUAGACCCCAAGAAGAUCAAGGUGUUUGUGCUUGACGAGGCCGACGUCAUGAUCGCCACACAGGGUCACCAGGACCAGAGCAUCCGCAUCCAGAGGAUGCUGCCUGAAAAUUGCCAGAUGUUACUGUUCUCCGCCACGUUUGAAGAGACUGUGUGGAACUUCGCCCAGCGCAUUGUGCCUGAACCCAACAUCAUCAAGUUGAAGAGAGAGGAGGAGACGCUGGAUACCAUCAAACAGUACUAUGUGCUGUGCAACAGCAGAGAGGAGAAGUUCCAAGCCCUGUGUAACAUCUACGGAGCCAUCACCAUCGCCCAGGCCAUGGUCUUCUGCCAUACAAGGAAAACUGCGGGCUGGCUGGCAGGCGAGCUGUCCAGAGAAGGCCACCAGGUGGCGCUGCUCAGCGGAGAGAUGCAGGUGGAGCAGAGGGCCGCUGUCAUCGAUCGCUUCAGAAACGGAAAGGAGAAAGUUCUGGUCACCACAAACGUCUGUGCCCGAGGUAUCGACGUCGAGCAGGUUUCUGUGGUGAUCAACUUCGACCUUCCUGUAGACAGGGAUGGUAACCCGGACAACGAGACAUACCUGCACAGGAUUGGCCGCACAGGUCGAUUUGGCAAAAGAGGACUGGCCAUCAACAUGGUGGACAGCAAGUCGAGCAUGAACAUCCUCAACAGGAUCCAGGAGCAUUUCAGUAAGAACAUCGAGAAACUAGACACGGAUGAUCUGGAUGAAAUUGAGAAAAUCGCUAGCUAAAGAGAGCAGCGUUUAUCACACCAAGGACGCCCCACUCCCCCUCCCCUCUUGGCUCGCCAAGGACUGUACGCUCCUACAGUGUUUUACGCUUUUAUUUCUUUUAGCUGUCAGAGUGAAGAGCAAAGCCACAAACGCAGCAUAUGUUUACAAGUGGAUUCUGUCUCCUCUCUGACGAGUGUUUUGUAAGUCUCGGGAACAUACCCCAUUUCACUCUUUGUACUUCUUUGAAUAAAGUCUAUGAUUUUAUUGCUGUGUAUUGUAAUAAUGCAGCCACAGUGGGCUCUGUUUAACUGAACACACACAGAGUUCAAAACACUAUUUGGUUUUGGCUGUAGUGGUGGCAUGAUACGAACUAUUCUGUAAAGAGAUUUCCCAAAAAAGGAAAAAUAACAAUUUUAUGUGCCACAUUGUUUUAAAUUUUAAAAGGAGCAAAGUAUGAUUGAAUGUAAGCGUAUCACGUAGAUCAUUACAGCAUUUCUCUGAAUUGACUACAAAACCCCGGUACAAAGUGUGAAGUUGGGUAUGCUGCUGAGCGGUAGUUUAAUCAUUGAGAUUGUUAAUGAGGGUUAUGGUUGGGUUUCAAGGGUCUAUGCAAACUUCUCAACCUGUGAUAGCUAUUUUCAAAUAAUAUCAACCUGUAUUCACAUGAAAGAAAUGAAUCCUGAAUUAACCUCAGCUUUAGCGUCAGGGUGUGUAGUCAAAUGCCAAAAAUGGCUGCCAAGAGUCAUAAGACACUAAUAACUCCAAAUCAUGGACAUACAAAUAUUUUUUGUUAAGCUAGUAUUUAACCAUCAUUCACCCACACAUCUUACGCCUAUCAUUUGUAUCCUUUUUUUAAAUGAUUACGGCUUUUAUCAGGAUAUCUUAGCACCACUUCCGAGCAUUAAUCACUCAUAACACCUCCAUUUUAUUUCUAAUGUGGACAUCAGUGUCACUCAUCGUUUCCAAUCAGGGUCUCCAGUUUGACCUGACUCAGCUACAUUCACCCAGACUGUGCUGUUAUUAAGGAUUGUGAGUUUAUAAAAAGCUAAUAACGCAAUGCCUUCCUCAAGUGCAUUAUAUAUAAAUAUGAUUUUGUUUCUAAGACAUUGGGCUUCAUAUUCUGGCUAACACUUGACAUUUUGAUUAUAUAUUGAACUAUGAGCGUCUUUAGGAUGUGUGAAACCAAAUGCUGAAUUGACUGAGGACCUAUGCCAAUCAGAUUCAUUGUGUUGCUUCAACACUGACGCAUGGAUAAAUAAACAUGUACUUGUGUACAUAUAAAAAAAGAAAUAGGUUAAAGUAGUUUUUACUGAGUGUUACUUCUAAGAAGUGCAAAAAAAACAUUCCUCACGAGGUUCAAUUUUGACAGACGCUGCACUUCGAAUACAGUGAGCCUAAAUCAGUUCAUCUUGCAUCAGAUAUAAUAGGAAUAAUGGGAACAGUGGGUGGUCUGGUGCAUUUGAUCAACACGCUGGAACAUUAAGAGCAGUGAUAUAACCUCGUACAAACCUCAUCUGGCUCUCACCGAAAUUAAGAAGACUGCUGGUGGUAGUCCGGUUUUAAUGGACUGUUUACGGACGAUUAGAAACAAGUGAGAGUGCUCUGUGAAGACUUUCGGGUAAAGAACCAAUGUAUGCAGUUUUAUUUGGACAUUUGGAUGUAAAAAUGAUCAGUGAGUGUGUGCAUUUUGUUGAUCCAUAAUGUCAAAAACCACUGUACCAGAGCCAUGGACACUCAAAGCAGUUUUGGCUACAGGACUUGACACUCCUCUUCUCCACCUGUUGUAUACCUUGUUUGAUAAUAUUCAGAACCUACCAGAACCCUGUUCAUACACAUAGGAGUAAUACUGCCUGACGAGGCUUAAAGAAAGUUGUCUGUUGUAACCUGAAGGUCAUGUGUAGACAAUGAUAGGUUCAAGGUGUGUGGUAUUCUGUAGCUGAGCUGCGUUCAUGGACACAGUUUAUGUAUUGUUAAUAUGUUGAAUUAAAACAUGAACAUGUUAUCCGGAUGAAGUUAAA